AUGGCUUCAUUCAGGGCAGACUAUUUCUGUGACAUAAUACAGCACUUCUGUUGCAGCGUGGUGACCAAGAACUACCAGCAUGUUCUGGCCUUGGCAUUUGCAGUGAAUGAAAUCAAUGACAAUCCCAUCCUCUUGCCAAAUGUCUCUCUGGGACUCCGCAUCUAUGAUAGCGACUUGGACGCACGGGUGACUUACCAGGCCAUCCUGAAAUUGCUAUCUGCUCAGCAUGAAACUCUCCCCAACUACAAUUGUGACGGCCAGAGGUUGAUGGCUGUUGUUGGUGGCCUCCAUUCAGAAACAUCCAUCCAGAUAGCAACCAUAUUGAGCAUCUACAUGAUCCCACAGGUAGUGCACAGGACAUGGAAGUUCCACAUGUGGACAUGGGUUGGGGUUCUUGCUGUGGACGAUGAUUAUGGGGAGAUGUUUGUUCAGUCUUUGCUGCCAAAGUUUUCUGAGAAUGGCAUCUGUUUUGCCUUCCUGGAAAGAACACCCAAAGUGACUUUCAUUCCAGGAGUUUUUGAAUUUAUAGACCAGCUACGCAAGGCAUCUUCAGUUCUGAUCAGAAGCAAAUCCAACGUGAUGGUCAUUUAUGGCAAUAUCCAGUCAACCAUUGGACUCCAGCUGAUGCUAGUGGAGAAUCAGUUCACUACAAGGAUCCCCAUCGACAAAGUGUGGAUUACAACUGCCCAGUGGGAUUUGUCAUCAUACACCUUCCAUAAAAUGCCUGACAUCCAGCUCUUCCAUGGUGCCUUCUCCUUUGCGGUUCACACAAAGGAAAUGCCUGACUUUCAUAAAUUUGUUCAGCACAGAAAUGCCAACUUUCUUAAGCGAGAUGGUUUUGUCAGGGAGUUCUGGGAACAAGCUUUCGGAUGCCUGCUUCCACCAUCUCAUGCAAACGAGGGGAGUGAUGAAACUUGCAGUGGUGAAGAGAAGCUGGAGACCCUCCCGGGGCUGCUUUUUGAAAUGAGCAUGUCAGGCCACAGCUACGGUGUCUACAAUGCGGUCUAUGCUGUGGCGCAUGCCUUACAUGCCAUGGGCUCUCUCAGAGUCAAAGGCAAAGCAACCAGGCAUGAAGACAGAAUGCUGUUUCAGAAUAUUCAGCCAUGGCAGCUCCACUAUUUCCUGAAGAACAUCUCCUUUAACAACACCAUGGGGGACAAUAUCUUUUUCAGGAACGGAGAGUUACAGUUUGGAUUUGAUAUUAUAAACUGGGUCACUUUCCCAAACCAGUCCUUCCAAAGAGUGAAAGUUGGAAGGAUGGAUCCACUGGCUUCCCCAGGCAAAGAGUUCACUAUUGAUAAAGAGAAGAUCACCUGGCACAGCAGGUUCAAGCAGGUACCCCAUUCUGCGUGUACAGACAGCUGCCGUGCUGGUUUUAGCAGAAAAGUGCAGGAAGGGAAACCAUUUUGCUGUUUUGACUGUGCUCCGUGCUCAGAUGGGACAAUUUCUGGUCAAGAAGAUGUGAAUGCUUGUGACAAGUGCCCUGAAGACCAGCAUCCAAACCAAGGCCAAACCCAAUGCAUCCCCAAAAGGCUAAGCUUCCUGUCUUAUGAAGAACCACUGGGAACUGUUUUGGUUACUUUGGGCCUUUUCUUUGCUCUGAUGACUGUGGUGGUUCUAGGAAUCUUCAUGAAGCACCAGGAGACCCCCAUAGUCAGAGCCAAUAACCGGAGUCUCAGCUAUGCUCUCCUGAUCUCCCUCCUGCUCGGCUUCCUCUCCUCCCUGUUAUUCAUUGGCCAGCCGGGGAAGGUGGCCUGCCUUCUCCGCCAUACAACUUUCAGCCUUGUAUUCUCUGUGGCUCUUUCUUGUGUUUUGGCAAAAACAAUCACUGUCGUCCUGGCUUUCAUAGCCACUCAGCCAGGAACCAGGAUCAGAAAAUGGGUAGGAAAGCCACUGGCAAAUGCCAUUGUUGUCUUCUGUUCUGGCAUUCAAGUUUGUAUCUGUACUGUGUGGCUGGGAAACUCACCUCCAUUCCCACAUCUUGACUUUAGCUCAACCCCUGGAGCAAUAGUAGUUGUAUGUAAUGAAGGGUCUAUUGUCAUGUUUUAUUGUGCAAUGAGUUACAUGGGCUUUCUGGCCUUUGUUAGCUUGACUGUGGCUUUCUUAGCCAGGAACUUGCCCGGCAGCUUCAAUGAAGCCAAGUUGAUCACUUUCAGCAUGUUGGUUUUUUGUAGUGUUUGGGUCUCCUUUGUUCCAACUUACCUGAGCACCAAAGGGAAAAACAUGGUAGCUGUGGAGAUCUUCUCUAUCAUAGCCUCCAGUGGUGCCAUACUAGUCUGCUUUUUUUCUCCCAAAUGCUUCAUUAUUUUAAUAAGACCUGAUCUGAACAACAGGGUGAAUCUUAUUAAUAAAAGGAAUAAUGGAAUGUAA